GUUUAGACACUUAAGACAAGUCACGAAAGGACGUUUCCACUCCCACAUCUCUAUUGCCCGCGAUUAAAAACCCAAAAUGACUAGCCCGAGACCGGCAGCGGCGGCCAUGGUCGUGGCGGCGCCGCCGUUGCCACAAGAUUCCUGGGACAGCAUGCUGCCGGGCCCACCGAGCCGGAGCAACUUCGGAUCGGCCGACCUCAGCCCCUCCGGCCUCCUGGCCUUUGCCUCCGGCAGCUCCAUCUCCGUCGUCGAUUCCCGCUCAAUGCAGCUCGUCUCCACCGUCCCCAUGCCUCCUCCCACCACCUCCAAUUCCUCCUCUUCUCUCUCCCCCUUCGUCACCGCCCUCCGCUGGACCCCACUCCCCCUCCGCCGCGAUCUCCUCUCCACCGAGCCCUCCACCUCCCACCUCCUCCUCGCCGCCGCCGACCGCCAGGGCCGCAUCGCCCUCGUCGACUUCCGCCUCCGCUCCCCUGUCCUCUGGCUCGAGUCCGAUCCCGUUCGGUUAGGGAUUCAGGACCUCUGCUGGGUCCAGGCAAGGUCCGACUCCUUCCUCCUCGCCGCGAUCGCCGGUCCGUCUUCUCUCUCUCUUUUCAACACCUCCACCGGCCGAUGCUUCUGGAAGUACGACGCCGGACCGGAGUUCCUCUCCUGCAUUCGCCGGGAUCCCUUCGAUUCGCGCCAUUUCUGCGUGAUCGGACUCAAAGGAUUUCUAUUGUCCGUCAAGGUGUUGGGGGAGACCGAGAACGACGUCGUUAUUAAGGAGUUACAGAUUCGGACCGAUUGCGCCGAGUUGCUGAAGCUGGAAAGGGACGCGGCGAAUGGAGGAUCUUCGUCUUCUUCUUCUUCUUCUUCAUCAUCGUCGCCGGCGUCGGCGGUUUUUCCGCUUUACAUUGUGAAAUUUGCGUUUUCGCCGCGGUGGAGGCAUAUCCUGUUCGUGACGUUUCCGAAGGAGCUGGUGGUGUUUGAUUUGCGGUACGAAACGGUGCUCUUCUCCACUGCCUUGCCUCGCGGCUGCGGGAAGUUUCUCGACGUGUUGCCGGAUCCGAACAAUGAGUUUCUCUAUUGUGCUCAUCUGGACGGGAAGCUCAGUACAUGGCGGCGAAAAGAGGGAGAGCAGGCACACAUAAUGUGUUCGAUGGAAGAGUUGAUGCCCUCAUUAGGCACAUCUGUGCCUUCUCCUUCAGUUCUUGCUGCCGUAAUCUGCCAGUCGGAUUCCCCCUUGGAAAAUGUUGGCAAGAUUUAUUCCAAUGUACCUAAUUCGCCUUUCCCGGUUGAGGAUUUUGAUAGUCCUUUUGAUUUCUAUGAUGAGCCACUUCUCGUUUCCAAGACACACUUGAUCUCCAUUUCUGACGAUGGGAAAAUAUGGAACUGGCUCUUGACCGCUGAAGGGGACGAAGAUACUCAGAAGGAAGAUAUUAGCGUGGGAAUGGUUGCUGAUGCUAGUGAAAUGCCUGUCUCAGGGGCAAAUACUGAUGGUACAAGCUCUUCAACAGAAGGACUUGCAACGGAAGCAGGCAAGAAGAGAGAGCAUGUGACUGGUUGCAGAAUUAGUGGUGCAAACUCCACCAGCAAGCAAGCAGAUAUGUCAUUUAAGAUUAGCUUAGUUGGGCAGCUUCAGCUUCUUUCAUCACAAGUGACUAUGCUAGCUGUACCAUCACCUUCUUUAACAGCUACCUUGGCCCGUGGGGGAAAUCAUCCCGCUACAGCUGUUCCAUUGGUUGCUUUGGGAACUCAAAGCGGUAUGAUUGAUAUUGUUGAUGUUUCGGCCAAUGCCGUUGCUGCAAGUUUCUCUGUUCACAGUGGUAUGGUUAGGGGAUUACGAUGGCUUGGAAAUUCGAGGGUAGUUUCAUUUUCGUAUAGUCAGGUAAAUGAGAAAUCUGGAGGUUAUAUUAACAAGCUUGUUGUGACCUGUCUUAGAAGUGGCCUUAAUAGACCAUUCCGAGUACUACAAAAGCCAGAACGUGCACCCAUAAGGGCUCUAAGGGCCUCUUCCUCUGGAAGGUACCUGUUAGUUUUGUUUCGCGAUGCACCAGUAGAAGUUUGGGCAAUGACUAAAAGUCCUAUUAUGCUUAGAUCAUUAGCACUUCCAUUUACGGUAUUGGAAUGGACCCUUCCAACAGUUCCACGGCCUGGUCAAAAUGGACCUGCUAGGCCAUCAUUGUCAUCCUCCAAAGAUCAUCCAUCUGGGGAAGCAGAUCGGGCAUCUUCAACAGACUCCAAGACCUCGGAUGGAUCUCAAGAUGAAAGUUCUGAGAGCUUUGCAUUUGCACUUGUAAAUGGUGCUCUUGGUGUUUUUGAGGUUCAAGGACGAAGAAUCCGUGAUUUCAGACCAAAAUGGCCCUCUUCUUCAUUUGUCUCGUCAGAUGGGCUAAUAACAGCCAUGGCGUACCGCUUGCCUCAUGUGGUUAUGGGAGACAGGUCGGGAAACAUUCGCUGGUGGGAUGUGACAACUGGACAUUCGUCCUCCUUUAGCACUCACAGAGAAGGGAUUCGGCGAAUUAAAUUCUCCCCUGUUGUUCCUGGUGACCGGAGUAGAGGGCGUAUUGCUGUGCUGUUUUAUGACAAUACGUUUUCCAUUUUCGAUCUUGAUUCGCCGGAUCCAAUGGCCAAUUCGCUUUUAGAGCCACAGUUUCCUGGAACUCUUGUGCUGGAACUUGAUUGGGUACCUUCGCGAACUGAUAAAAAUGAUCCAUUGGUACUGUGCAUCGCUGGAGCUGAUAGUAGCUUUCGUCUUUUAGAGGUUAAAGUAACUGACAAAAAACCUGGUUACACAUCCCAGUUGAGACCUACAAAAGAACGGUUCCGGCCAAUGCCUUUAUGUUCUCCCAUACUACUUCCUACACCACAUGCCCUGGCAUUACGAAUGAUCUUGCAAUUAGGUGUAAGGCCCUCUUGGUUUAAUACCUUCAGUACAACUUUAGAAAAGAGGCCUCACCUAAUUCCUGGAACUCCUAAAUCCAGUGGGGACCUUCGAAAUUACAUGAUUGAUUUACCACCUAUUGGAGACCCUGUGGUGCCAGAGUUGCUACUUAAAAUAUUAGAACCCUAUCGUAAAGAAGGAUGCAUACUUGAUGAUGAGAGAGCAAAAUUAUAUGCUAAGCUGGUGAACAAAGGUUGUGCCAUGAGGUUUGCUUUUGCUGCUGCUGUCUUUGGUGAAUCCUCUGAAGCACUUUUUUGGCUACAACUGUCUCGUGCUCUCAACCAUUUGAUGAGGAAGUUAGUAAAUAGGCCUCCACAAAAGUCUGCGGAAUCGGCAGCUGAUUCAGAGCUUGAUGAUAGAUCAAUCUUGAGUAGGAUAACAUCAAAAGGGAAAUCAGUGCCUGGGACAGGAAAAAAGGAUCCAUUGAAUCAAGGUGGCUUCAGUUUGAUGGCUUUUGAACAAGAAGAGCUGUGGGCAAAUGCCAAUGAGCGUAUCCCUUGGCAUGAGAAAUUGGAGGGAGAAGAGGAUGUUCAGAAUCGUGUGCAUGAGCUCGUGUCGGUCGGGAAUCUUGAAGCUGCAGUUAGUUUAUUGCUUUCAACUAAUCCUGAGAGCAAAUACUUUUACGUGAAUGCUCUACGUGCAGUCGCUCUUUCUUCUGCCGUGUCAAGUUCUCUUCUCGAACUUGCAGUGAAGGUUGUGGCAGCCAACAUGGUCCAGACUGAUAGGUCAUUGUCUGGCACUCAUCUUCUCUGUGCUGUUGGAAGGUAUCAAGAAGCUUGUUCUCAGCUACAAGAUGCUGGGUGCUGGACUGAUGCUGCGACUUUAGCUGCUACGCAUUUGAAGGGAUCCGAUUAUGCAAGGGUAUUGCUAAGAUGGGCUGACCAUGUCCUUCACAACGAACACAACUUAUGGAGGGCUCUGAUUUUGUAUGUUGCGGCUGGGGCACUGCAAGAGGCACUGGCUGCGCUUCGUGAAGCCCAACAACCCGACACAGCCGCCAUGUUCAUCCUUGCUUGCCGUGAAAUCCAUUCUGAAAUCAUCUCUGAUUUGGGACACUCGGAUGAUGAAUCUAGUUCUUCUACCAAGGAAAAGCUGCUCAAGUUGCCUGGCUUAGAUCCAGAAAAUGAAGACGUUAUUGCAGUUGGUGAAUAUUACGGAGAAUAUCAAAGAAAAUUGGUACAUCUGUGCAUGGACUCACAACCGUAUUCCGACUAAUGUCAUGUUAGGUUG